AUGAGACUUUCUAAUACUAAAAAUAACAUUAGCAAUCAGACCUCCUUUGCUUCCAAUAAAGCUGAAGAUAGUACUUUAGAUACCACAAAACUUGAUGGAGACUAUAAAAUAGAGCAUGUCAAAGGGAAACAAACAAGGGCAAGGAAUUUCACAUGCGACUAUACAUAUAAUGAAGAGACGAACCUGAAGCUUAAGCCAAAAAUUAAUAUGAACGUAAUACAGAAUCAACUCAAAAAUAUUCAGGACCUAAAGAGUAAGACCAGAAGAAAGUAUACCUUUGAUAUCAAGAAGCUUGUCAACCAAGAAAGGAGGAAAUACUAUGCCAAAGCUGCCCAAGAAGAGGUCUCUAGCUCAUCUCCUAAAAAGAAGGACCACCAAGAAGAAAAGAAAAAUACUCUUAGAAGAGGAAAUACUAUCAGGCCGAGACCUUUAAAGGCGCAGAUUAAUAGGAAAACUACUAUGACAAAUUCUUCAAAAGACAAUGUUUGUGAUGAUCAGCCAACCACUCUUGAAGCAGAUUAUAAGCCAAGAAAAUUCUUGAGUCCAAUACCAGGCAAAAGGACCAAGCUACAGGAUACAACUGCCAAAAAUACAACAUCUCAGAGAAGAAAUCUAUAUAAUGGAGUACUUGUUGCUGCCAAAGGAUAUACUUUAUAUUUAAACAAGGAUCAUACCUCAGCAACAACUCCUCUUCCAGAUAGGAGGAGAUUACCUAAAAUAAACAGGAGAAUGAACAGAAAAGUUUUCUCUCCUUCUCCAAUAGACACUUCUUCUAAGCUUCCAUCUCUUCCAGAAAAUAUUAAAGCUGGUUUGUGCCAAAAGAUGAAAGCUCUUGAGACUAAAAGGAACAUAAGCAGCCCUAUCAAUGUUAAGGCUCCUUCUAGUCCUACUGAAAAUUCCUCAACUCUUAAAAAUCCUCCUCUUGACAAAUGAAGAGUGAGAAGAUUUCAGUUCUCUAAUUUUUCAAGCUUUAAAAAUCCAGCUCUAAAGAGCAAUCUAGGAGCAGAGAAUCCAUCCAAGAUGCAGUCAAGAAGAAGCCCUACUGCCUUGAGAAAGAAGCUUAGUCAAAUUAUUGAGCAAUGAGACUCAUAAUCACUCACUGUUAAGAUCGUGGAUGCUCCAGAAUGAGGUUUUAAAACUAAUUCUAAAUCCUUUAGUCCCUUCCAACAAACUUUCUG